GCGCGGGGGGGUCCUCUGGGAGUGAAAGGGAGCGCGACAUGUUUUUCCAUGCGUUGAGCAUAAGGUCGGCCCUGAACAGAAACUCUCCACGAUCACCAGCCAGCAGUGAGCUCCUAAGCAAACUGGAAAACACUGCCGCAUGCGUCGCCCGAAGGAGCGUACUUGCAACUGGAUGUGCAUCACGCGAAAUCUGCCAUGGCAACCGACGACGCGGAAGGACCCAUGCCGCUCACUUCUUGAAGAGCCACAUGGUGGAUACAACCGGCUGGAGGAACCGCUGCCUCUGCGUGGUCGUCCUCUCCCAGCAAGCCUCCGACUGCAAACCCUGCUCGCCCCAGAUGCUUCACGUACACAUUCAAGUAGCCGAUGCCACUUUGCGUGCGUCCUUCAACGACCUUCAGCUCAACCUUCCCAAAAGCAACCCAAUCUGGAGUCUCGACUGCACGUUUCGACACGACGUGACGGUACCCUCCAGCUUGCUUCGCCUCUGCCCACGACCCCGUAACAUUAACAUCGACGAAAUAGAGGUCCGCGCAGGAGCUACCCAUUCGGCGUGCAUCGGCCUGCACGCAGAGUAAUGCCUCGUCAGCGCCAACCCCCUUGGGGAUGUUAAUGAGAACGUGCUUGCCUGGCCUCAUCAGAUCGAACCGCUCACCGUGGACAUUCUGCAGGUGGGGGUCGCCAGUAGCAGCCACACCGCCAGCUCCGCCCGCCGUGGGAGCCCCCGGAGGAAACGUCGGCUGCGGCGUCGGCCAGCCCGGAGGAAACGUCGGGCUGGGCGUCGGGCUGGCCGUCGGGAAAAGCGUCGGGAAGGCCGUCGGGAAGGCCGUCGGGAAAGGCGUCGGGAAGGGCGUCGGGAAGGGCGUCGGGAACGCCGUCGGGGAGGCCGUCGGGAAGGCCGUCGGGAAAGGCGUCGGGAAGGGAGUCGGGUAGGCCGUCGGGAACGCCGUCGGGGAGGGCGUCGGGUAGGGGGUCGGGAAGGCCGUCGGGGAGGGCGUCGGGUAGGGGGUCGGGGCGUCGGGAAGGGCGUCGGGAACGCCGUCGGGGAGGCCGUCGGGAAGGCCGUCGGGAAAGGCGUCGGGAAGGGAGUCGGGUAGGCCGUCGGGAACGCCGUCGGGGAGGGCGUCGGGUAGGGGGUCGGGAAGGCCGUCGGGGAGGGCGUCGGGUAGGGGGUCGGGAAGGCCGUCGGGAAGGCCGUCGGGAAGGGCGUCGGGU